AUGGACACGGAGGAGGGGCCCUGGAGAAGGCGCGCAGAGAAGCAGAAGCAGGAGCAGAGCUGCCGGCCAGGCGAGCGAAGGCGCGGUUGCAGGGAGGUCAGGGACCGCAGAGCCGGAUACGCCCGGGACAAGCAAGGCCCGAGCGGGAGCGCCCGCGGGCCCUGGCGACGCGGAGGCUGCGGGACCGGUUCGCGGGGGGCGGAGGAGACGAGGUGGCGGGAAGAGAAGAAUGAGGGUCGGGUCGGUCACAGCUUUCCCCCAAGGGGCAGCGUCUUUCAAUCUCAUCGCUGCUUCGCCGUCUGCCUGUCCUUAGAGGAGGAAGAGAGGAAAAAGAUGAGCGAGCAGCCCCCUCGGCCUCCAAGCUUGCUCCCUGUCGAGGCCUCCCUGGCCCGGGGGGGUGCUCAGAGGCGCCCUCUGCCCGCCCCGCCCUCCGCGCGGAGCUCCCCACUGCGCACGCAGGUCCUCCCAGGCCUCGCCCGCAGCCAGCUUGCCCACGCAGCCCUCCCCGACCUUCUCGGUCAGCACGGACCCUCGCUUCUCUCUGGUCAUCCUGGAAACGUUUCGGAUGCCUUGUUGUCCACCCUUGCUUACAUCACGUGCUUUGAGGGAGUCCCUGAAGUUAGGGGCUGCCCGAGAUUUGCGCUGUACCUUCAAAGCAGCUCACCGGGGCAGGUCUUGAGAUGCGCGGAAUAUUGA